AUGUUCUCUUCCUCUACUCUCGUCUAUUCUCUUACUCUCUUCCUCUCUCUUUCUCUUCUCUUCUUCCUCUUCUUCCUCUCCCCUCACAUCCUUCUCUCUUCCUCCCGCCACAACCUCCUCUCUACCGCCGAUGAACUCGACGACCUCUCUCUCUUCCACCGCGCCGCCGUAUCAUCCUCCAACAACCGUCGUCUCAUCUCCCUCUCCCCGAUUCCUCCCCCUAAGAUCGCAUUUCUCUUCCUCACAAACUCCGAUCUCACCUUCUUGCCUCUCUGGGAAAGCUUCUUCCAAGGCCACGAACAUCUCUACAACGCCUACAUCCACGCAGAUCCAUCCUCCGGCGUAUCACCGCUCCUCGAUUCGUCAAUCAACGCCAAAUUCAUCCCGGCGAAGAAAACCACGCGAGCUUCCCCGACGCUAAUUUCCGCGGAGCGGCGAUUGAUAGCCCAAGCAAUCCUCGACGAUCCAAACAACCUCUAUUUCGCUCUAAUCUCGCAGCACUGCAUCCCUCUCCAUUCCUUCUCUUACAUCCACAACCACCUCUUCGCUCAUCGAUCCUCACACCCCAGCUUCAUCGAGAUCCUCUCCGACGAGCCUUUCCUCCCGAAACGCUACGACGCGCGAGGCGAAGACGCGAUGCUCCCGGAGAUCCGGUACGAAGACUUCCGCGUGGGAUCUCAGUUCUUCGUGCUCGCGAAACGCCACGCUCUGAUGGUGAUCAAGGAGAGGAAGCUUUGGAGGAAAUUCAGAUUGCCGUGCCUCGAUGCCGAGUCCUGCUACCCUGAAGAACACUAUUUCCCGACUCUCUUGUCUCUCGAGGAUCCCAAAGGGUGUAGCCACUUCACACUCACACGUGUCAACUGGACCGGUAGCGUCGGCGGUCACCCGCACACGUACGGUGCCUCCGAGGUUUCGCCGCAGCUGAUUCACACGCUGCGCAGAUCCAACUCGAGUUUAGACUAUUUCUUCGCCAGGAAAUUCUCUCCGGAAUCACUGCAACCGCUGAUGGAGAUAGCAGAUGCAGUGAUCUUCAGGGAUUGA